AUGUUGGACGACAACGGCCAACCUGUGAAUGUUACGGCUCUCCUUGCUGAUUUAAAGAAGGAACGCUCUACCAAAGCAGCACUUGAAGAAAAGAACGCAGGGCUCCGCAAGCGAGUGCAACGCAUGUUGAUCGAGAAUGAUGAAGUGCGCGUGAAGGCCAAGAACGAGGUGGUAGCUGCACACCACCGUGAAAUUGCCGAAGCUCAGAACCAACUGGCAGUUUAUGCACAUAACCACGCCUACACGACAGAAUUGAGAUCAUUGUACCACGCUGCCAUCCGGGAAGCAGAGGGUCUUGCUAAGUUCUUGCAGACCACCGAAAGCAUGUAUCUCCAAGCCUACAUCAACUUCUUGAAGGACAUGGGUAAGAAAAAGAGGUAUGCGAAGACAGUGGCGGUGAUUAAUGCGAAUGCGUAG